UGAAUUGCAACGAUUGUCUGUUUAAAGAAGUGAUAAAACAAAAAGCCAUGUUUAUUUUAUGUAUGAAUAUGAAUAAGGAUAUAUCAGUCAGCAGGUUAAAUUUGGAUACAUGUCACUUCCUGCAUUAUUCUAGAAAUUUCCAGUCAUCGAUUAUCUUAACUACAGUGGUGGUAAACAAUCGCUCGGUGAUACCAGGGUGUGUAAAACUGUUUAAAGCAUGGGUCGAAAACGAAAAGCUCCGGCGCAAACAUCGGCAAAACAUCUGAAGUUUGAUGAAACACGAUUUUAUAAAAAAUCGAAAACCGAAGACCAUGUCUUUAUAAUUGAAGGAAAGAAAAUGUAUGUUUCGAAAAUAGUGUUGACUAUAGCUUCACCCGUCUUUGCUAGCAUGUUUGAAUCAGAUUUUAAAGAGAAACACAUGGAAGAAAUAGAACUCAAGGAAAAGAAAUAUGAAGAUAUGCUUGAAUUUGUAAAACUUCUAUAUCCUGGUUCAAGAAAUCCUGUCACCAUGGAAACUGUAUUUCUUGUCCUGCCCUUAGCGGAAGAAUAUCAGGUAAACACUAUAAAAUAUGAAUGUGAACAAUGUCUUUUACACGAAGUAGAGAAAAGAACAUCAUCUCGUCGUAGAUCUACAAAUGUUCAAAGUCUUUGUCAAAUACUGCAAUUCAGUAGUUUAUACAAUAUACCGACCGUUGAGAAAACAUGUAUUGAAGUUCUUUCUAAAAUUCCUCAAAAACAAGUAGAUUCCGCCGAAAAAUUAUACCCACUGCCAGAUAAAAGUAAAAAUAAAUUGCUAAGUCAAGUUAACAGGAGAUUACAGGAAAGACUAAAGAAUAUAGAAGAUGAUAUCGAAUUUAAAGAUAAUAUUAUUGAAAUGAAUGAGGAUGACAUAUCUGACUUGAGAAGACAGAUUCUAGAAGCCAACAAAGAAAGAGAAACUCUAAGACAAAAGCUUUCUGACAGAGAAUGUGAAAAUCGGAAUGAAGGCAUUAUAAAACUGGAGUUCACUGUCAGCUGUUUAACAACGGUCGGUCAGUUAAGUGACCCAAGGAAAUUUAGAGGACUUAAUUGGCGGUGUAAAGUCACAAGAGAAUGCAUUCACGGUAUCACGGGGGACGAACAUCUCGGAUUUUGGGCAUGUUUCGACCCAGGUUUCCCAAACAUGGAAAUAAAUGUUAUUGCGUCUUUUAAAUUACUGAAUAACAAAGGUGCUGAUUUUGUGUGUUAUAUGUCUGAGACUGUAUUUACCACAAAGAAUUGCUCCUGGGGAUAUGGAGACAAACUUAAGUGGGAGGAGUUAAUAGAUCCUGAAAAAGGAUACGUAGUUGACGAUAAGGCAACAAUUGAAUUGUUUAUUGUAACAUUUAAACCACGAUUUGGUAUAAGAAUUAAUUGAAAUGACGUAUUUUAUGUUUAAAUUUAAAAUAUAAGCUGUUAGAGUAAAUUCAAUCACUUUAAGAAAAUGAACAAAUUGAUGAAUGUGUUCAUUUAUUACAUUUAUUACCCCCCCCCCCCCCCCCCCCCCCCUACUUCCCUUCUAAGAAGGAGGGGUAUAUUGUUUGUUUUACUAAUGUCGAUCUGUUUAUCGGUCGGUAAACCAAUCAGUUUCCCGAUAAUGACUCAAAAACACUUAAGCCUAGGACCAUGUUAGUUGAAAGGGAGUUUUGACAUGACCAGCCUAUGACUCCUGUUGGUUUUGAGAUCAAUAGGUCAAAAGUCAAAGUUACAGUAGCCUGGAACAAUUUGACGAGAGCUUGAGAACGUUUGGGCCUAGGGUCACGAAAUUAUAAUGGAUGACCCCUAUUGAUUUUGUGGUCAGUAUUAUAAAGGUUAAUACAAUCUGUAAAAAGAUUAAGUCACAUUUACCAAGAAAAAUGGAACUAUUUUGCCAAAUAACUAGAGUUCUGUUCCCUGUGCAGUUACUGAAUGUAUCAUUUCGUGUUCAAAGAGUUCUUGCUUCAACGUGUUUUAAUUUGUUGAUUGAUUUGAAUUUAUGAAUUAUUAUUACAUUUUUAUUAAUUGUAAGAUAAUUAGAUAAACAGGUCUUUCGCGUGAUUUACGACUGUUCAGUGGUCCUAGUGGUUGAAUAAACAUCCAAUCAACUGAACUACAUGAACACCUUAUAUAUUCUAAAACAUUCAAUGGAAUUAUGUAAUAAAGAUUAUACUGAAUUCGUAGAGAAGCCGACGUCAUACAACAAUCGUUAUAAUAUCUCACCGGUAUUCCGCGCAAUAUUACCAAUGUUUCACGUAGAAUAUAUAAUAUAUAUUUUUUAUAACACUCGGUGUUCUUCUUUGUAUAUAUGAGAAACAAAACAAGCCAUGUUAUAAUAUCAGUUUUAACUUUUACUCUGCUGUAUUUCUAAAAUGAUUUGGUCCAUCAUUCAAUUUGGUCAGUACCACUUGUUUAUCAAAGGGGUGUUCACUGAAAAUGUACUGACUGAAAACUGAACAGUGCGGUCUAUAAUCAGCCUGCACAGCUGAGCCUGCGGAUGUGCCGGUGUAAUGAAGUAUUUCGACCCCCAUAGAAUAAUGACCCCCCCCCCCCCGGUCAUUAUUCUAUAGAAAAAGUGACCCCCCCCCCCCCCCCCCCCCCCGGUCAUAGUAUUAUGACCUCCAGAUCAUAGUACUAUGACUCCCCCACGUGAAGUAAACUGAAUCUCACGAAGAAUAUUGACUCCCAUAAAAAAACGACCCCGGUCAUUUGGUCAAAUUUAGUGAUAACUCAUGUAUCUUAGGCCUAAUUGCUGCAUUUUAUGGGGGAGGGGGGCAUAUAGAUUUGCCCUUGUCCGUCCGUCCUUCCGUUUGACUAUUAGCCCCAGAUACCAUCACUUGACACAGAAAUCAGAGCAUUCCGCAACGGGAAAAGGGAUUCUAUUUCUAGACGAUGUAUCUUGGUGUAUACAUUUUUUUUUCAGGAAAAUAACAAUUCACAAUACGUUCACAAAACACACCAGUGUCAAUAAUCCCUGCAUACUUCGGUAUGAAGUAAUUCUUCAGAAGAAAACUGUACAUGAAACUGAUAGCAUAGAACUUAGUAUUAAUAGAAGUUGCAAUACUUAGCAGUGGCAGUAAAGUACGGUAGCGGCAACAAUAGAAAGUAGUAGUAGUAGUAGUAGUAGUAGUAGUAGUAGCAGUGGUAGUGGCAGUUGCAGUAGCAGCAGCAGCAGCAGCAGCAGCAGCAGCAGAGGAAUAAGUGACAGCAACAACAGCAGCAGGAGAAGAAGAGGUAGAUGUACAAGACGUAUUAGUGGAAGCAGGUAUAGUAGUAUCAGUAGUAGCAGUUAUAGUAGUAGUAGAAGAAGUAGUAGUAGUAGUAGUAGUAGUAGUAGUAGUAGAAGUAGUAGUAGUAGAAGUAGUAAUAGUACAAUCAAAAUGUUAACUAUUGGCAAUGGAGGGUAUUAGAGUUGUAGAUCUAGUAAAAUUGUCCGUUAGGUUUGGUGGGGAUCACUUUUUAAUAGAUAUUAUGGUCGAAAGUCUUUUUAGGAGCCGGUGUUUUACACGGAAAGAGUAACAUUUUUUAAUAAAAUAAUGUCCGGGAAUCGAUAUUGUAUGAGAGUUCGAAUGUAGUAAUUUCGGGAGUGAGUAUUUUACAUGGAAGGAGUCACUUUUCUAUAGAAUAAUAACUGGGUUCGUUAUUAUAUGAGAUUCGAAGGGAGUCAUCUUUAGGGAGUCAGUAUUUUACUUGGAGGGGUCAGUUUUUCUAUAGAAUAAUGACCGGGGGUCGUUAUUCUAUAGAGUUUUCAAAGGGGGUCAGUUUUUUAUAAGGGGAGUCAAUAUUUUACAGGAAAGGAGUCCCAUUUUCUAUAGAAUAAUGACCGGGGGUCGUUAUUCUAUGGGGGUCGAAAUACUUCAUUACACCUGCUUAUCUUGGUCUGCACUGGUCGCAAAGGCAGAAUCGCAUGCCGCCAGCAGGCUAAAGAUUGACAGAGGAAGUUUCGAAGUAUAUUUUAUUGAUGUGUCAAAGUUUUAUACACUUCCUUUUGCCCGAGGAUUUUUUCUUCUUUGAAAAUAUCUAACAAAGUUUCUUUAAACGUGUGCAUAGCAAUUUAAGAAUGGCUAUGUGCAAUAUGUGUUUAACUUAAAUCUUUUGUGAAAAGUUUUAUAUGUAAUUGUGCAUAAAUAAGAUUCCAAUAAAUAAAUAUCUUGUA